CCUCACUCUCGCAUGCUUAGUAUUGGUUUUGGCGAUGUGGGCAUGUGCAGCUUCCAACACAUACAAAUGGGGACCCGAUUUGACAUCGGAGUUGCCUCCACAUUUGCUACAGGAGGCGCUUUUUCCAAAACAAACUAAACAUUUCGAAUUCAAGGCACCUGUUCCAAGUGCACCAUCAGAAUUACCUUGUGAUCCCCUUCUCAAUAAUGAACAACCCAUGGGCAUGAGCAGUCCUCCACCAAAAUAUUACCAACCAGUUGUAAUGAACAUGAACACUGCUGUGCGUGUCUUGCCUACCAACUCUGUUCAACAGCACAAAGUGCGACCACUCUUUUGUACGUUUUCAACUGCAGAACCAGUCUAAGUAGAAGGAUGAAUACCAGGGUUUUAAACUGAGCAGCCACACAUGCUCACCAUGUCAUGUUCCUAAACACCAAGUGCCUUUUAUCACUUAUAUGUUGAAGGAGCAGGCUUUUAUAAUGAAAUCUGAUUUCAGCUUCCCUCCCUGUGAUUGAUAUCCAUUGCCAUUUAUAUUUUAGUGUAGUCAAUUUUUGUUUUUUGUUACAUUAAGGGCUUUUUAAAGGAAACAGUAAGAAACAAUCCAAAUACUGCAAACAUUUCAGCUCUGUAUUUGAUAUAAAUAUAUUUAUUAGCUGCAUAUAAAAUACAAAUACGAUCAUUUUAAAACUAUCUUCAAUACAGGACUGAACAUUGAGUUCAUAUUUAAAAAUAUUAAUGUGUACAGUUCAGAGUUAUUUUGAGUAGUAUUUCCUCAUACUAGAUGGAAAUAAUAUUACAAUUAGAUUAUUUAAUCAUGUCAAUCUAAUAUAAAACAAAAUAAUGUGAAAAAAAUGAUCUAUUAAAUAACUUAGAACAACUUUAUUUAUUAAAAAAAAGUGCAUUUUAAGACAAAAAUAACUGUAUUAAAACUAUUUCCUCUGUCUAAUUAGUGUAUUUUUCCUACAAGAUUGUCAUUAAAAUAUCAUAUAUAUGUUUGUCAAUUUAUGAAAAGAAAAUUUAGCCUCUCAUUUUUUAAACAUUUAUAUGUUCUUAUAGAGGAAAACUAAAAUGAAUCUUUAUAAAUUGCUUGAGUUUUGUUUCACAUUUUCCUUUGCAGAAAAUUAGCGAUUGAAAUCUGUCUUCUUAUCUAUGCAUGUAAAUGAAAAUAUAAGAAUAUAAAAAUAUUGUAAAUAUAAGAAAUAACCUUAUUAACAUGCAUGUCUCUCCCUGGCAUACUUUCCUUCUAAAUUUUUCAGCAUAUGAUUUGGAAAUUUCUGAUUUAUGGUAACAACAUAAAAUGUAUGCCCAAAGUAUUUCUUCAAGUAAAAAGAAUGCCGUUGAAACUAAGAAAUCCUUUGAAAUAAAGAAUAUAAUAAUAUUAGUGCAUCUACAAUAUGCUUUUUAUUGUGCUAUGUUAAUCGUUUAAGACUUCAGAAAUACUAUAAAUUGUGUAUAUUUCUGUUCCCUGUUUUUCAAGUGAUAAAAAUUAGUAGGAAAAAGGGGAAAUAUGUGAGUAAAUACGGUAUGUAAAAAUAUUUUUUACUGUUAAAAUAAAUAAAUUAUUAGUCUGUUUUAAUGGCA